UACAUAAGAGGCACAAAGAAAAUGGCCAACUCGAAGAACAAUUUAAUUCUAGUUUCCACUCUCCUUAUGUUGCUUCAACUCCACUUCACCCCAUCAAAAGCCGCCAUCAAAGGAGGCUACUGGUACUCCGAAAGUGGCCUUGCAGUUUCCAACAUUAACCCCUCUCAUUUCACCCACCUCUUCUGUGCAUUUGCCCACCUCGACCCCAACACCAACAAAGUCACCAUUUCCUCGUCAGACUCAUCUCAGUUCUCAACCUUCACUCAAACCCUCCAAGCAAAGAACCCUUCAGUGAAGACCCUUUUGUCCAUAGGCGGCGGUUUCGGUCCUUCUUUGGCUGCAAAUUUCUCCAGAAUGGCAAGACAAGCCAACACCAGAAAAUCAUUCAUAGACUCUUCGAUCCAACAAGCCAGAUCGAACAACUUCCUCGGACUUGACCUAGAUUGGGAGUACCCUUCCUCGGACACAGACAAGACCAACUUUGCAUCACUCAUCAAGGAGUGGAAAGAAGCUGUGACCAAAGAGUCUAGAACCUCUGGAAAGGCACCACUGCUCUUAUCUGCUGCUGUGGCUGGCUCUGACCAGAUCACACCUUUAAAAUACUACCCAGGAAAAGACGUAGCCAACAACUUGGACUUUGUCAAUGUUAUGGCCUAUGACCUUUUCACCUCAGAAGGGUACCCCACAGUGACACAGCCACCUGCUCCUUGGAACAACCCUAGAGGCCAAUUCAGUGCAGAACAAGGGGUCACGGAAUGGAACAAAACUUUAGGGGUGCCCUUAAACAAACUGAAUCUGGGUUUGCCCUUUUAUGGUUACAAGUGGAGUUUGUCAGAUUCUAAUAAAAAUGGACUCUUUGCACCGGCCAAGCAGGGACUUGGGGCAGUGAAGUACAAGGAUAUCAAGAAUGUUGCGGCGCAGGUUGUGUUUGAUUCCACUUAUGUUACCAAUUACUGCUUCAAAGGGACCGAUUGGUUUGGCUAUGACGACACUCAGAGUAUAUCUGCAAAGGUUGUUAAUGCAAAACAAAAGGGAUUGGUUGGAUAUUUUGCUUGGCAUAUUGAACAAGAUAGCAACUGGGCUCUUUCUCAAGCCGCUUCUCAAGCAUGGGGAAUGUAGCUAUGGAUUUCGGACACAGACAGCUAAUAAAUUGAACUUAACAAAUAAAACUGUAUUACAAUCUGCGUGCGCAGUACAUUCAUAAAUAUGAAAUAAACUUCAAUCUCAGCUAUAUGAUAUCAAUGGGUUUUAUCUUUUGCA